AUUUUCCGCGAGGCAGGCACUAACAAGACUCGUGAUAUGGUGGUCAGUCUUUUCUAGGGCUGACAAAACUUUAUAGAAUCAAGCACUGUGGUGAAGAUGAAGCUAGUUCAUGUAUCCGUUACAGUUACUCUGGUGGGUAGACUUUUUGGGGUCUCCAACGCCUUAAUGUGUACGCCGGAGGUGUGCCAGAGGUGCUGUGCUCCCGUAGCUACAGGAUGUGCCCCUGCCUUCCAACAGACUGAACAGGGUUUCCUGGUGUCCGAUUACACUUUUUGUCAGGAGUGUGAAUGCGAUGACCCGGGAAACGGUUGCGGCUGGUUAGCAUACGGCACGGGGCGUAUGCAGUGCAGUUCGUGUGACUUCCUGCGACCCGUCGCGCAAAGACUUCCCGGUGCGGAGAUCUCUGGAUGCGGUACCGUUGCUCUCAAUGGGCAGAUCGUGUAUAACGACAUGCCGGAUACAACUCAAGCCCGACUUGGGUUUACAGUUUAGUUCA